GGACGAAAGCCAACCUCGGACGGUACGGUGAGACCGAGAAAGAUUGACAAACAGGCAUCGGUGCGUAGUAACCCGUCACAUGGCAGAGCUUGCGGACGACCGAGAGAAGAAGCUAAACAGUAAACUAACGCACGAGAGAAGAGCACGGAGAGCGAAAGAGAGGGAGAGAAGGAGAGAGGAGAGCCCAGAAAGAGAAGGAGAAAGAAGAAGACAGCGAACUCAAACGGAAUCUUUCCUCUCUUCCGUCUGCUCUGUUGCUGUUGGCCUUCUGGUCUUGCUCGAAGCUCGUGCUUGUGCCUCGCGCUGUCAGUUCACCGUGCCGUGUCGUGCCGUACCGUACACCAGCGACAUGCACUAAUCGGGCUUCUAAAAACUCCGUUUCUCUUGCGAAACGCACGCGGCAUUUGGUGGAAAACGAGAACUAAGUUCAUCCGCAGUGUCAAAAUCCUGCGUCGAAGGGGUCUCGCGGGUUCGGGAGAAGACGAUUGUCCGAGGGUUGUCGCGAAGGGAUGACAUCGGCGGAUCGAUCGAGCCAGUUAAAACGACUUGCAGUGAUGGCCACGAGUCUUUUGUGUGGAAUAAGUGAUUUUCAUUGUUCGCGCCGAUCAAACGAGGGGCUAUGAUUCCAAUUCUUUGAAGCAUCAGAAACCAUCAUGGCUGUUGACAAUCCAUCGUACUUCUCGCUGACGGGUGGCGGAGGCGCGACCAGCGGCAAAAGUUCGUUGGAUCGGAUCGGGAAUUCGAGUGGAAGGGUUGCCCGGCCAACUGGUCGAUCCGGGAGCGCUCCAGGAGCCGGGAACCCGCGAACAUUCGCGGCGUUUUUUCGGAAGCGUGGAGGUAAUUCGAGCAUGGGUGUGACGACGUCGUCCUCGAGCGUGAUAUCGGGAUCGACGACGAGCACGUUGACGCAUCACGAGAGCGACCGGAGUUUCGGAUCGUGUUCGACGACGACCGGGGCCGAGGAAACGACCGGAAUGCUGACGAAAGCGUCGAACUUUGGUAACGGCACGAGCACCAACGGCGGCCGGAAGAGCUUUCGCAGUUUGUUUCGAUCGAUGAGCGCCAACGCGGAGAACGAGAAAACCCGACAGAUAUUGAAAGGCGAUCCGAGACCGUCGGACGUCGCACCACCCUCGCCUUAUCUGCCCCAUCGAUCCCACUCCCAUUCGGAAAGAGAUCGCAGGCACAGGCCAACGAGGAGAGUGCUGAAAUCGGCCAGUGAACUGCUCUCGAACGACAUGAUUUACUGCGGACUUCCCGGGGAAGAAAACAACCGGACGAUCGAACGAAACCUUCGAAUAAACGGCCCCGGGCAUCCGGACGACGAGGACGACGACUCCGAAAGCGCCGAAGUCUUCCUCGGCAUCGAUGACGCUCGAUACUACAAUCUUUCCGCGUCUCAACCGCACCACAACCUCCCCGAAACCGGCCCGAGACGACAUUCAAUCGGUACUUUUCUCGGAGGUAAAGAGCAUCGCGCCAAUCCUAUCACACGCACCAACAACCCCCCGACCAGCUUUUCCAUCAAUUCGACCAGGAUACGAGUCCAAACGGAAGGCUUCAUCAAAGAGCCCGAGGAAAUGGCGCCGCCGAUACCGACCAUCGAUCAAGUCGAUGCUUCCGUCGGACGAAACAACGCGGUGGGGAAUCGAAGGUGCAGAAAGCACAGGAACGCAGCCAGGAAGGGUUCUCGUGGACGAACAGGUGGAGCACAAUCGAAAUUGGAGUCGAAUUCGAAUGCAGGAGUGAACGAGGACCGGGAUGACGUCGUAUUCGUAUCGAGCAAAGAGAGCGAAGCAUCGGCGUUGUGGGUGAACUAUUUGAGCGCCUGUUUCGAGCAAAUAAGCCGGCAGCAGGGACGACCGCCUUUUUCCGUGAGACACGUCACCGUCGAGGACUCGACCGCAACGAGCUCGUCGAUACACGAAAAAAUAGGCAAAGCGAGAUUACAAAUCGUGGUCGUUUGUCCGGGGCUGCUCGAUCGCGUCGCGACCAGACCCGAACAAGCCGCCAACCUCGCGAGACAAUUGUCUCCGGAAAGGGUACUCGCAAUGAUGCUCGGCGUCCACGACGCUCACUUGACCGAUAACCACAGAUCUGCUCUCAUAAAUUAUGCCUUGUGGAGAAAAUUCUUCGUCAAGGAUCAGGACGAAACUUUCGUCGGAGAAUUCUUGGGCGCGGCCGUUGCCAUCCUCGGUACUACCCCGGCUCCUGCUCUCAGAAACGACAAAACAACUUUUUCCGUGCAUCCGAAAAAAGUCAAAAUGGGACAAAAUCGCGUUCUGGUCAUAUUGAACGAUCCCCUGAGACCGGAAGACAACGUAACGGUGAUAGUCGACCGUUGUGGCGAGGCGAUAGAGAUCACACACGUCAAGCGAAGGAACGCCUACGUUCUACAGUUCUCCAUACCCGAUCGAUGCCUCGAGGUUUCAAUGCUCGUUGGAGUUCGAGUGAUGAUCAAUGGCUGCCCACAGGGUGUGAAGCAAGUCAAAUGUGAGAGUAGGCUAAGGGAACUCGAUCAGAUUCUCAGGGCUCAUGACAAUCCUCUUGAAUUUAUGUGCCAGACUUUUGGUUUCAACCCCGGAGACCGUGAACAAUUGGACAAUUGGAUGGUGAAUGCAUUCCAGAAGAAUUUGCCGCCCAGAUUCGAUCUGUUGUCAACUCCGAGUGGAGCUGCACCGCUGCAAAGAAAUCAGACAAGUCCCGAAGAGUAUCCAACCUUGCUACAUUUCGCGGCGCGUUUCGGCCUCGAAAAACUCGCAUGGCAAUUGCUGGAAUGUCCCGGUGGAGACGUCGCCUGCGACAUCAAAAAUGUUGCUGAGCUGACACCUGCUGAUCUUGCGGAACAAUCCAAUCACACGCGAUUGGCGCAUCAACUCCGUGGCUACAUGCAAAUGAACGAGUUUACGAAUAUGUACAGCUACCUCAAAGUCAUCAGCGAAUCGACCUCGAACCCUGGAGCAGCCAAUGAGAGCGCUCCGUCGAUAAAUUGUGGAAAUUCCGUAUGCAGUGAGAACGAAAACGACAAAGAAGAUUAUUGCCGACCCCGACCACUGAGCGAGGCUUAUUCGGUGCCACCGGCAGCCCGACCGAUAACAGUUUCGACGUCAAUGAACUUCGUCUCACCACCGCAAUUACCACCACCGAAUCCAACGACCUCGCCGACUCCGUGCGAGAUGAAUUACUCCGUUCUGCCACCCCCGACCCCGGUCCCGACCGCGUCGACCUCAUCGGCAUCGAAUUCCCAAAGCAACGGUUUCGACCUUCCUCUGCAGGGUUACCUCAAAAUGCAUCCUGCCGGUCCCAAAACUCCGAGUCCAACGGGCGGCUCGUGCCCGGUUGCCCUGACAGGCUCGAUGACCUCUCUGCGUUCGCAAGGGACGAAUCACUCGUCGACGUUGAAACGGGAGGACGGAGCGUCGACGCCGACUUCCGGCCUGUCGAGAACGGCCUCCAGUUCAGGCUCCAAGUCUCGAGAAACCUCGGGUCCCCAGGACGAACUCCUCGAGAUCAUAAACGAUUUUAAAAACAACGUUUUUACGAUAUCCGAGGUCGAGAGACUCGUCGAUAAUUGGCGGAACCGGAACGACGUGCAACAAAGCUUCAAGGACAAACAACGACAGCUGACAGCUAUGAGGGACGAGUAUGAAAGAAUACAAAAGAGAAUCAAGGACGAAAUGAAGGCACCGACACCUUUCGACAGAAUCAAAAAAUUCUUCACCAAAACCAAAAAAGACACAAAGGACUCAUCGGUUCAAGGUGAAGACGCAUCGUCGACGACGAGCAAGGCCGAGAGUGCGAACGGGAGUUCGGGCGAUCGGCGCCCAAUGAGCAGUCUCAGUCUCCACAGUGUAUCAAGUUCCUCGUCCUCGGGUCGAAUGAGCAUAAUAAGCGGCUGUAGCGGCACGAGUCUCGGGGACAGUGGAACCCACUCGGACCCCGAGGACCGUCGAGUUCUGCGAGGCUCGCGGGAGGACAAGGGCGGAGUUAUGGCGUACGAAAUUCCACCAGCUCCGAAACCCUUCACCGGAAGAUAUUCCCCGAUGCGUUAUACGGCUUCGCCGAGAUGCCUGUCGACGAACAACGAGCACGACAACCGUCGAGCGAUUCCGGGCUCGCAGCCUCCCGAAGGCAGCGAGUAUUACAUCGCGUUUCCGGUCUCGGGACUUCCGAUUCACUCUUUCCAAGCUAACGGUUUGCCGCUGGAGCCAAAAACCCCGAGCUCGCCGUGCGACCAUCCGAUUUACCUCGAUUUAACUGACAAAGUGAACGAGAUACCGGAAGUGUCUGAGAAGUGCGAAGCCGCCGGGGAGUCCCGAGAUUCGACGACCCCGCUGCCGCCUCCGCCGCCGGGAAUGUGUAUUCCGUUCGACUACGUGAACUUUUCGCCCCCGAGCGAGCCCGUGAACGAUCUCGGGAAAUCUACCGCUUCCGAGGCUCGAACGAUCGAAGAAAACUCCAUUUCCAACGAUCUGACGAGUCCCGAGCCGCACGAAACGAACGCGACUGAGAUGAAUCGACACUCGGACAGUCCUUCCAAGGACAAAGACCACGACGCGUCCCGAACGAGGCAACACGACGGUGCUGGAAAUUCCGAAGAUUACGUACGUUCCGAUUCGAUCGCGAAUGACAAUUCAAUCGGCUUCGACGUUACUGACUCACCGAGGCUGCCGGAAUACAUGAAUAUUGCCAUUCCCACCGAACAAGAAGUCGCGAAAAUCAUCGCUGGACUCCCCCAAAAAAUACCUGCGCCGCCGGUCCCACCGCGCGGCGAAUCUUCGCUCGCGCGAUAAACCAGCAUCCUUUCUCGCUUCGGCGGUUCUCACCCUCGAGAAACUUUCUUUGACGUUUGCUUUUCCCAAUUUCGUUCGUUCGCACUUUUUCUCACCGCACACGGGAAGAAAAAAUAGUAAGAAUUACUAUGCUGCCAUGGUAUUAUUGGGUUUCUAUAUCGCUCAUUUUCACGGUUUUUACCAAAAAUAUUGUUACUUCCAAGUCAAUUGCGAAUGAAAAUUUUUCGACUGCGUAUUUCGCUGUGACAAAGGUUUAAACUGUGCUAUUUUUUCCUAACAUAGUUCACCAAGGAAACGUUGUAAAAUUUGUGUUGACUCGAUGAUAAACUGUCAAGUUGAAUUAUUGUGCCGUUUUGCUAUACUUAGUGCUGUUUUCACAAUUUAAAUUUACAGGUGAACGCAGUCAAAUUUGAGGAGCUCGAACACAAGCAUCGAUCAUACGCCAAAGUGUUUGGAAAUUUACUAUGAUGAAUAACAGAAUUUCAUUCGCGAUUGUACGAUAAUAUACCGGUAUACGUGUGUACCGAUGUAUUUAUUUUGACAUCACUCGACAAUUUUCAUCGAGUCGCUUGACAAAAAAUUAUUAUGUAUGUUCGUAAGAACGAAUAAAUAUUACCGAUAUAAAACCCUACUUCUACGGCGCCAUAGUAGUUUUUAGUGAAAUUUUCUCUGCGUGGAGCUUCGCGAAUUUAUGACCUUUCUUGACCGACGAAAGAGUAAAAAAUAAACGGAAAAAUCCGAGUAAAUAGUAUGGCGGAUCGACGAACGAACGAAAGGGAAGAGAAAAAGAACGUGAAAGUGAUUCACUGCACGGAGCCGGACAGAAAUAUGAUGAGAAAUGACGCGAAAGGUCUCAGGAAACGUUCUUCAUAAAGAUGUCGUAAAAUAUGAAGAUUUUGAAAUGACAUUUAAAAAAAAACUUGUUAGAAUUGAAAUAAGUGAAUAUUCUGGUAUCGUAGAAUUUUUGAAAAUCUAACCAUUUUUCGUCCACAUUUAUCGUGAAUUUUUGUCGUUGCACCGUGCCUUUCAAAUGAGAAGAAAAAGUUUUUCAAACUCGUGUAAAUAGUAUUCGAUGAUUCGCCAUCGAGGAAUUGUCGACUGACCGAGUAUGUUGAGAAUUUAUAUCUCUAUUGGAGACAUAUAUUGCCUGAGUCAACUACUCGCUUAUUAAGAAUGGAAAAAAAAAAAAAAACGCCAAAAAGAAACAAAACUCGGUCGUACAGUCACUAUCAAAAAGCCGGACACAAGAAUCAGCCCUUCUGUCAGUGAUAUUGAUCUUCUUCAAGGUUUUAUUGAUUCCAACCUCAAAGUAAAAAACACACCGAAGAAAACGUGAGCAGAAAGAUUUUCUGUCUGAAACAAACGAGUCGAAAUUUUUUUUGAAAUUCCGCUGUGUCCGCGUCAAUGCCAUUAAAGGUUUGGUGAGAGAAAAGGAUUUUUUUACUACUCAACACUUUUUGGUCCGACUGUACAUCCUGGAAAGCGAUAGUGAUUCGGGCGAGUUGAUAGAGCUAAUUACAGACGAAAAAUACGAAAGCUAGGCAGCACCAAAACUUCCAAAAUUUUGUACAGUCCUUGUAAACUGUGUCCUCAUUAAUUAUUAUCAACUCUGUUGAUAAAGGUCUAUCGCCUUAAAUACGUUUUCUAUAGAAUUACACAUUUUUCAUUCUACUCUGCAAUCUACGCACGUCCGUUUAAAUUACUGUCAAGUAUUUCGAUAGAUUUAUUUUUUAGUGAGGAAUCUCGCGGUUGUCCGCACGAGGGACCGUGAAAAUACAACGAUGAAACGUCCAACCUUGUGCCCGAUCGACGUCUCGUCGAAUACAUCCAUUUCCGUCGUGGUUUUUUUGUGACUCGUCAAACGUUGAAUGCUGCAUAGUCUAUAUAUAAAUUUAAAGAAGAUUAUAGAGUAUUAUUAUUAAUAUUAUCAGACGAUAAAUAAAAACGGAAUUAAUCGUCCUUUCAACUCCUCAAUUCGAUGCUCUGCGUGUAGCAUAACGACGAAACUUCAAACGAGUAUUCGAUAAUCACAAUUUUUACAUCCUCGUCACUGUUUAUUUUGAACGAAACUCUCCAAGGAUUCGUUCGUCCCAGAACUCUCGUUCUUCGUGGCUAACAUCAAUUUUCUACGCUUCUGAUAAACGUCGGUGAAACGUCACUUAAUUUCUCCAUUUAUUCUCUUUCCUAAAUAUAUAGUUGUAUACUUCGCAUGUAUUUUUAUACGCACGUGACAGUUGGAAAAUACUAAAUACUUUGAUGUAGCGUCGCUGUAUGUAAUCGAAGGAAUAAAACGAUCGAUUGUAAAGGCA